UCUUUGCGUGUUGUACGUUUUCGUUUGGUGCGACUCGGGUCGGAAUUUUUGCCUGAAAACAGUGCCAAGGUGCGGAUUUCGAGCGUUCUCAGGGGUGCGUACGGAUUAGGUGCCGACGGAAGUGGUGUUUGUGAGCGCAAAUUGGACCGUUCGGAAGCGGAUAUUCCGGAAUAAAGGAUUUUCCCUUGCGUCGUCGUCAGUCAGUCAGUGGGAAAGUUUCAUUUUCGAAUCGACGAGAUAUUUUUUUUUUCUUCCUUUUUCUGGUGUUGCUUUGCUGACGAAGAGUGGAUUUUUUUUGCAAGUGCCAGAGUGAGAAGAAGUGAUACGGAAGCUACCGGAUGAACGAGCGAGAAAGAUACCAUGAAUGGCAAAAAUACAUGUUCGUGAAGAGUAACAACGAUAUCAACAAGAAACAUCAAUCCGUUGCUUGCUGAAAUAAGAACCGAAAACGCCACGGAAAAGCUAAGCUGGUCUUCCGUCGUCCCAUGUUCCACCGGAAAGUGUGCGCUGCAAUUAGGACUUUUUUUUCUGAGAGAGAAGUGGCAGCAAAAUCGAGCGUUCUUAGGAAAAGGAGAACGCAAAACAAAACGGCAGAUGCAACACAGGUCGCUCUAAGGGAUAGGAACGUUCCGAGAUGCAAUAAGGAGUUGAGUUGUUGAAGGAAAUCUUCCGGUGAAACACGGCUGCCGGGGAAACAACAACAACUAACAAGAUUCUAAGAAAAAAAUCUUAAACGUUCGUGUUGAACCAUUGAGAGAGGCUCGGAAAGCGUUUGUCAGGGUCGCGCUUUGAGAAAGAGCAAUUGCUACCCGAACGUUUUUUUUUGGGUGACGUACCUCUACACAAACUUGCUACCGCUUGCAGCUUGAGGUAUUGCGAUUUGACCGUGAAUUAAUCAUUCGAUUAGAGAGUAAGCGCAAAAACAGUAAAAUAAAACAAGUCAGUCCACAUAGUUCGGUGUCGGGUUAUGUUUGUAUUCGUGGCAAUUGGGCACUUGGACUUGGAAGAAGGUUCGACCUAUGGUGAGGUGCAAAAAAUGAUGACCCGCAGCUGAAGCUGCUGCAGCAGUAGUUGCGAAAAAAAAGUAGCACCAUCAUCAGCCCGAAAAAAAGAACUACCGUUCGUAAUGGUGCACAGCACAGUAUCAACAAGCGAACUUCUGCCUUUCAAGCUACUAGGUGUGUGAUAUAGAAAGUUUUGAAUGAAGUGCAUCGAAUUGGUUCACUCAUUGAAAGCGUGUGUGUUAGAUAACUAACAUGAAAUAAUCGAAUGCUUCUCUACGAUACGAAUUAAGCAGAAUAUGUUUAGUGUUCAAUUUUUCUUCACAUGAAUGAAGUGAUGAUCGAUUAGAGUGGCAAUUAGUUGUAUAGUGGCUUCAUAAUUUAAAGCGAAAAAUCGCAAGAAGGUUAAUCAGUUUUCAAGACCAGUGGCUUUAGAUGGUAGUAGUGUAAUCAAGUCGUACUUGCCGAAUGGGGCAUUUUCUUCCAAUUUAUAGAAUCGGAACAAAAAAAAGUAAAUAUACUAAAUAAGAUUUACAACCAUCGAUUUGCACGAUACGUGACUAAUGUGUUGAAUAAGCGUGCUCUUGGCCUGGACGUUUCAGGUCUGUGUGUCUUUAUCGGCGAGCCGUGCAUUCAUGAAACGCACACAACGGCAACCUAAUAGUGUAGGGAAAAACAGCAAAGCCAGCAAAUAGUGCGUGUAAUGUACUUUUAUCUGUGGCCGGUUAGAUUUGCCCCUGUGUGUGUUGUGUUUCCACCGUCUACGAUUGUGGGUACGACGAUUUGGAAAAGGAAAUCGAGACUGAUGUGAACAUCUCCCUCGAGCGAGAAUUGAACAGCACCCUAGUAGACAGAACGAAAAAAAAGGUGGCGAAGGAAAACAAAUCGUCGCCGCACAGAGACACGUUCGAUUUGGUGUUCCCCCUGCCGCCCCGUAGCAGCAACCGGUGCGGGGCAGCGAAGAAAGAAGAAGAAAAACAGCUGAAUUGUGGAAAAAAAAUAACGUCUAAUCUAGAACCGACCGCCUUCGCCGAAACUGACAGAAUGCACCAAAAUGCACCGGGUGGCAUCUCCUCCGGAACGACCCGACUAGUAGCAGAAUCAACAUCAACAGUUGUGCCAACAAUAUCCGGUGGCAUCUUCCAUUGCAUAUCUGUUUCAUUUUUACGUCCGCGGUGCCGAAAUUCCCAGCUACUGCAGUCGUGCUUUUAGUUGUGUUUUUUUUACCUCUUUCUCCUGGUUUCUCUAUUCAACAUAUUUCUGGUGAAUAGUUUUUGUUUUAUUUGCCGUGUAUUUUUCUACCAUUUCGGGGACUGCGAUACGACAAUUCGCGGUUACUUUUUUUCGGGCUGCUUUCCUUCCCUGUGUGGAAGGAAGGCAAAAAUCCAAUAUCAGUAGCAAGUGAAACUGAAAAAUUUUGUUCGUUUUCUGGUUGAAGAUAUACUAUCGCCUCACCCAGCAAGCAAUUGCAGAGCACAAGCGAGUUGUAACGCAAAAGUUUCCCAGAGAGCAGGAAUCAAAACUUCUGCCGUCAACUUCCUUCUUCUAACUACCUACUAGGAGAAAUCAGGGCAGGAGUAGCACAGAGUUUUGAUAUGCAAGGUGGAUGUAGAAAGUAGUUCAACUCUCGUUAAGAUCUGCUACACACAAACCGUUCGCAAACUUCCAUCCGCCGUGAGUGUUUGUCCCGGUCAGAAGAAAAAGGCGGCAAGUUAAAUUAGUAAAUUGUGCUAUAGAAAAAAAGUUUUUAAGGGAAGAUUGUGAAAAAAGAAAAAAAAAGUCCACCAAAGAAGAAGGAAAAAUAAAAGCAGAAGAAAGUGCCGAAAGUGAAUCUAAAGGAAAAUAAUCAAGUGCAGGGGAGCCUCGGGAGGGCACGGGAAAUGUAUGAUAACCGAGGCGGACGGAAGAAAUCAAUUUCCGUCUACGGCGACGAGUCUAUGUGAUAUAAUGAAGUGGUGCAAGAUGAUCCAAUGAAAAGUAGCAAGAACUUGCACAGUGCGUCAAAGUCGUCGUCGAAAUCAUCGUCUUCGUCGUCCGGGUCCAGCCUCGGGGACAAGGGACGAAGAUACACGGCUCCGGUGCCACCGCCGGUGGUUCCUGGGAUCCUGUCCUCCGGAUCAUCCGGGUCCUCUAACGCGUUUCGGCUGCCUUCCUCGACGCUGCCGUCGACGGGAGGCGGAAACCGGGCCUUGGAUAUGAAAAAAUCGCAAAAAUCUUGGAUGCACGAUGAGCAGGAUAGCAGGAUGGACAACAGGAUGGAGCGCAGAGAACGAGACAAGAAGGCACGGGCGGCUCUGCAGCAACAAGCUGAACGUGACGCAGAACCAAAGGCACCAAUUUUCGGCGCUCCGGUUAAAGUGGUAAGUCGCACAAACUUCUUUUGCUGCAUUCCCAUAAAACUUCACCUGUGCCAAUCUAUCGUUCGGAAAGGUGGAAAUGGAUAUGAUCCUUCAAUUUCCUCCGGCCAAGCUCAGGAACAGAUGAAGAACUUUUCCGCCCAGUUCAACCAUCACACACACAAGGAGGACUACCGACAAACAAUUCGAGCGGAGAAGAUUGUUCGAUUGGCGCCAGGAACCUAUAAAAAACAGGCCUUCCUAGCUGCUGUGCUAAAAGGAGCCGAUUUAAACCACACCGAGUAA